AUGCUGGCCACCUUCCUGUUCAUCCGGUUCGGCUUCCAACAGUGUCAAGACUAUGAAAAUCAUGAGCAAACAUCCGACAUCCGCGUCGCUAGCGCCAACACCACGACCGUCGCCUCACCGCAUCAUGUCCAACGUAGGCGACAAGCGCAUUCCACGCCCGACCCUCCUCGUGGCCAACGCGAUAAUGGCAAGCAAGCUCGGCAGACCGCGGCUGUAGGCGGUGUAAGCGAGGUCAAUAGCGUGCGCUGGGGAACGAUGGACGCUCUGUCGUGA